AUGCGCCAAACAACAAAUUGGUUGAUUGCUUUCGUUGUUAAGCAGAGUAAACGAGUGCUGAAUGAGUCAAAAAUUGCUGGUCGUGAUGUACGACAGUGCUCGUGUAGUGAACAACACGAAUGUGGUACGGAAAUGAGUGUACAAGCAUUGAAAUGCAUCGAUAGCUGUUGGAUGCAAUUUAAAGAGACGGUCACCUCUUAUCAUGACACGGUAACACGAAAAAAGCCGGCCGUGGAUAUGGAUAUCAUCGUAGAUGCAGCUGCUAUACCACUGAAACGAAUUCUUGGGACUGUCGGUGGUUUUGCAGUUUGUGUUAAGAAUUGCUUUUUGAAGAGGAACGAGAAAGGCUUCUGCUUCGAUCGCAAAAAGUAA